UUCGUUUCAUUUUUUGUUUUUUGCUGCCUACACAGCCGCCGCCGCGAUAUUUUUUUCCUCCUUUGACGUCUCUCGCGAUAGGACCGAGCCUGAUCGCGUAUUCUCGCCUGCCAGACCCCACUGGAGCCUCAAAACGCUAACGUCAUAAGAGAAACUACCGCGCGCGCGGCGUCGUUGCCUGAUUUGUGGUUGGGCUGGCUGCUCAGCCCCUUCAGCUCACUCGAGACUCGCUCUUCGACGCGGCUAGUCGCUGGACAAGGAGCGGCGCGCAACAUACGUGCCAUCGAACAGCCGGAGCAGCCCCCAGCCGCCCCCGAAAUACUUCCCCAGCAGUUCGCUGACCGAUCCAAACUGCCACCCAACAAUAUGCCGCAGGUAGUUCCCUCUGUGGGCUACUACAGUCCCAACUACAUGAGCCUGUUCGCCGACAGCUUCGACCUUUCACUUCUGCCUGACGACAGUGCCGUGCCCGGCUCACCCGAAGAGGCCGAUCUGAUGCUGUGCCUGGCCGCGAGCGGCGCUAUUUCGCCGCCUUACGAGUACCAGCAGCAGCAGCAGAGCCCCCUCUCCGACCUGUACAAAGGUGGCAGCGGCGGCUGCAACCUGAUGAAGGAGGAGCCGCUGUCCCCCUACAACAGCAGCUACAGCUACGCAGACAGCAUUUGCAGCUCGCCCGGCAACUCGGGCGCCCAACGCUGCCCCUCGCCCUACAGCCCCUCGGUGGCCUCAGAGGCCAGCAGCACCCCCAAGGUGGAGGACUCCUGCGCCAACCUGAGGGGCCUGCUGCAGGACCCACCUCAGCGCACCCGCGACGAGCUCACGGCCCUUCUGCAGGCGCCCCUUAAGCGCAGCGCCCCCGUCGACCCCAUCUUCGGGGCCUUCGAGGAGGGAUACAAGAAGCGCAUCAAGGAGGAAGUGCCCACCUUUGACGACUUCUACACCAUCAAAGAGGAGAUGUGCCAGUCAGAGUACAAAGAGAAAAAGAGCAUUCUGGACGGCCUGCUUGACGGCAAGUUCAAAAAUAACGAUGCUUCCUCCACCAGCACGGACCAGCAGUUUGUUGGUUCACCGCAGCCCGACUUGGGCUGUGAAGUGGAACAGAUUGCACCUGUCCUCUCUAUGGCCCUUGAGCAAUUGAAAAACGACGUUGACAACACAUGCAGCGUGUUGGGAAUUUCGACAGAGCCCAGCAAAUGGACAAUGGAGGACGUCAAGGCCUGGCUGCUGUGGACCCUCAGGCAGUACGCCCUACCGAUGAUCUCCAUGGAGUACUUCAACAUGGACGGAUCGAUCUUUGUGACCCUCACAGAAGAGGACUUCCAGCAACGUGCCCCGCAGUGCGGCUCCACGCUCUUCGCUCAGUUAGAGAUUUGGAAAGCUGCCAGCGCUGAAAGAACCCUGAGCCCACAGAACCAGUGGACCACAUCCUCACAGCCUUCAAGUGUCGAGGAAAGUGCAGAGCUUUCCGAUGGCGAGAUUUCGAUCAACAGCCCCGCGCCAGCAAGCACCGGCGCCAGCGCCUCUGGUACCACCGGCCGCAGUGGAGGAUCGCACAUCCAUCUGUGGCAGUUCCUGAAGGAACUGCUGAGCAAGCCACAGAUGAACAGCUCCUUCAUUCGCUGGUUGGACAGGUCUCAGGGCGUGUUCAAGAUCGAGGAUUCGGUGACCGUGGCCCGCCUGUGGGGCCGCCGCAAGAACCGACCCGCCAUGAACUACGACAAGCUCUCCAGGUCGAUCAGACAGUACUACAAGAAAGGUAUCAUGAAGAAGACGGAGAGGUCGCAGAGGCUGGUCUACCAGUUCUGCCAUCCAUACUGCUUGUAAGCUGCGCCGAGAUGCACUAACCGGUUGGAGGGUAGUCUGUAAAGCUGCAGGGGCCGCGUAACUUAAUCUCUCUAUUUAUAAUCAAUUCAUUAUUACAUAUUUAUUUAUAUAUAAUAAUGAUAAAAAGGAAGGUAAUUUCCUUGUAAGGGUCACCCCAAAUUUUGUACUCUGGUCGAGCCGCGUGUGCAAUUCGUCCGAGCAACGCUCCCGAUUCGGUGAUGCUUCUCAGACGAUUGUAGCUCUCGAUUAGGGAUUUUGUUCCCAUAUAUCUAUGAUAUAUAAUGCUGCGUACGUUCUAUGAACAGUUGUAAAAUUUGCCGAUCUUAUGUGAGACGGCAAAAAAAUGGUAUUUUUAUAAUGACGCUUCAAACUAGACCAAUAAGGUAAUUUAUUGUUGUCUAGUAUUGUUGCGGAGGUUUUGGAUUUUAUAAUGGUGUUAUAAGUGUAUUGACAUUUUAAAAAUAAAUAAAAACUAACAAUUAGGUGUAAAUAAAAA